AUGGCUAAGAAAGAAGUUAAGCCAAAAGAAAAAUUGAGUGAAGUGUUUGUGGCUGGUAAUAAUACAGAAGUCGAAAAGGAUUAUAUCUUUAGUAAGCAAGCAAUUGACGAUUUUAUUGCGGCCAAAAAGAUAAGAGAUGAGACCAACAGAUCCACUUUUGUUGAAUAUGACAAAAGAAUCUGUUAUCGAUGCAAUGAAAUCGGUCACAUGGCGGUCACAUGGUGGAUUCAAUGUGUCAAAAAGAUAAUAAAACCAGUUUUCCAUAAACCAAAACCAAAAAUUUCAAAGGGUGUUAAGGGAAAAUCACCUAUGUCAGAGGACAAACCAAAAUCAACUUUUGAAAUUGGUGAAUCUUCAAAAUCACAAAAGACUUCAAAGAUUUAUCCUAAAACAAAGACUUCCCAAAGUCAAUCAUGGGUGGAGAAACCUAAACGUUCCUUUGAGGAAAAGAAAAUGGAAAAAGUUUUAAAAUCUGAAUCAAAAAUUUUUGCAACCACUGAUGAGAAAAUUGAGUUUGAGUUAGAUAAGUUGAUUGAAGAAUUCCCACCUAUCAAGGAAGGAGCUCUAAAAUCAAAACCAGAACCUGAUGUUCCAGAUGUUGUUUUUAACAUUCCAAAAGUUGACAUAGUAGCUCAUGAUAUUGGGCUUCCAAGGUCUAUCAUUUCUAAAUGGAUAAUGGAUAGCGGCGCCUCACGGCACAUGACAGGGAUGUUAGCACUUUUAUACGACGUCAAAUCAAUCAAUGGAGGUUAUGUCGGGUUUGCUGGAACUCAAGGUGGAAGAAUUGUUGGAGAAGGAAUACUUACUAACGGGGUCGUAUCUUUUGAUAAAUUGAAUUACAUUGCAGAGUUAGAAAACAAACUGUUAAGCAUUUCUCAGAUUUAUGAUAAGUCGUUUACUGUUCAUUUUACAAAAGAUGAAUGUCUGAUUCUUAAACCAGGGUUUAAAAUACCCGCAGAAAUGGUGUUGAUGCGCGCUCUUCGUGAAAACGAUCUCUAUAUACUUGACAUGAGCGUUGCAACAACGACAGAUAAAAAGGCACCAUGCUUUGUGAGUAAGACGAAGGCAACCGUAAAAGAAUCCAUCAUGUGGCAUCGUAAAAUGGGUCAUAUUCAUUUGAGAAAGAUGAACUUUUUAGUUAAUAAUGAUCUUGUUGAAGGUGUUAAUUUGAAAAGUUUCCAUCUUAACGAUGAUUGUAUUGAAUGCAAGAAAGGGAAGCAGACGAAGAAGUCGCACCCGAAGAAGCUCUUGAACUCCAUCAGAUUACCGCUCGAAAGACUCCAUAUGGAUCUUUUUGGACCGGUAAAUGUGAAAAGCAUAAGUGGAGAUCUAUAUUGUUUAGUUGUUACUGACGACUUUACGAGAUUCUCCUGGGUAUUGUUUCUAGAGAAAAAAAAGAAGAAACAUUUGAUUCUUUGA